ACCUGUAAUUUGGAAAAAUUUGCGAUAUAUGAAUACAUUUAAAUUAUUAAAAACUUGCGAUGCACUGAAGGUGCGAUGGCCAAACCGCAAUACAACGAGGGACGACUGUAUAACACACCAUAACAACCACAGCUUGUACAACCAGACUCCUAUUGGCCACUCCAGCUUUCAUUCUCCCCCAGUGGAAAGUCUAUGCAUAAUCUUCAUCAACCAGAACCUGCAGAUAAAUGUUGCAUGUCACAGCCACUGUACGUCUGUCUUGCAUGACUUGGCAGUCUUGUGUCUUCUUGGCCUGUCAGUGUUGGAAUUAAGAGCUUUUUGACAGGUGGGUCUCUUUGUCAAUGACACUUUUAUUGCAGAUGAUGUUGAUGUGAAAGCCACUACCCAAUCCCCAACACCCAAAGAAGGUUGGUACCCUUAAAAGCCCUUCAUAUUUCCGAAUUUCCAAAGGGUUACGGUGGAGCACUAGGAGUUAGUUUAGUACAAAUGAAUCAAGUUGUGCUUUGAAACGUAGGAAAGUAAAAAUUUUGGUUGAGAUGAAAGAUCAUCUGUUUUAAUGGGUGUGGUCGGAGACAAGCAACUAAAGACAUGGUUGAAUAAAAUAUGAUUUUUUAUGUUUGGGUAUUUAACAAGUUAUCUGUCAUUAAUGUAAUUCUUCUGUAUUCAACAUGUAUGAGAGCUCAAACAUACAUGUAGCAAAUGUGUGAUAACUUGAUGCUAAAUGCAACAUCCACGGACAUCAACCUGUAUACACUGUGUAUCAAAUGAAGGUAUGAACGCGACAAUGUUAUUUAACAUGUUCCCCCAUACAUUUAACAAAUAUAGUGCUGACGUUUGUCUUUAUGCAUACAUUUAAAAAUAUCUGCUCCUCAUUUGGAUAUGUGUGAAACUCUCUAGAACUAUGACAUGAAACUGACUUUAGUUUUCUACAGUAUGGGGCAGAACUUUUUUUUUAAAUGGCACAUAGAAAGAUAUUGCAAAUCAGGUGAUAAAGCAAAAAUUAAUUUUAGUUUAAAUAUUGUCGUAAUUAUUAUUCAUACUUUUAAAAUGUUCUUUCUUAAGUUGCUGAAUUUGUUGGUUUUCAUUCUAAUGCAUAUUAGGACAUUUCUGGAAUUUACUAAAAUCAUGGAUGUAGGCUCCAGAUGAAGUCACUUGGGAAAAAACUGGAAGAAAACAUUUAAAAUUUACAAAAAGAACUCUUUAAAAGUACACCCUGUAAGAGUUAGCAAUACCUUGUGCUAAAGUUACGUGUUGUGCUAAAAUAUCUGUAAUCUCACCAUUUCUUUCGAAUGAAUAUUGGAGAACACAUUACAUCAAAUAAAUGUAGAUUCCCUGCCGACACUCCUGUCGCUGCAUUUACAUUCUUAAGAAAUCUAAAAGCAUAUUGAUGCAACUCGGCUUUUCUAGAGACGACGCUUAACGAUCCAGCAGCUGAUCAGCUAAAGAAUUUCUGAAGAGAACAUUCGACAAAACCUAGCAGACGAGUUAAUCCUGAUUAACUGCCAUGAUGACUGUGCUUUCUUUCACAGACCAAGCCAUUUUGUGCAAGAAACUCUCAGUCGAUCUUCCUAAUGAUAACGUCCCUGUGUCAGCCAUGGGGAGAAAAGACUCAGUGUGGUCUCUGGGAGACGGCCCAGCCCCAGAGGAACUGGACAAGCCCAUUGACACCCCGCCACUGUCCAUUCUGCUGAUAGAGAAACCUCAGAGUGGCUCCAUUCCAGUUGGUGGAGACAUCAACUUUGUUGCCAAAGUGGAAUGCAAAGAUCUCCUCCGCAAACCCACUAUCAAGUGGUUCAAAGGAAAAUGGAUGGAUCUGGCCAGCAAAACAGGCAAACACUUGCAGCUCAAAGAGACGUUUGAUCGGAUCACUAAGAUUCACACGUUUGAGAUGCACAUCAUCAAGGCCAAAGAAAACUACGCUGGGAAUUACAGGUGCGAGGUCACGUACAAGGACAAGUUCGACAGCUGUUCCUUUGACUUGGAAGUGAAAGAAGCUGGACCAGCUGCCCCGAGUAUUGAUAUUCGCUCAGCUUUUAAAAGAAGCAGUGAAGGACAAGACGAUGCAGGGGAGCUUGACUUUAGUGGGCUCCUUAAACAUAGAAAUCAAAGGGAGCCACAAAAGCAGGAUGACACUCCAGAGAUUGAUGUGUGGGAGAUCCUGAAGAACGCUCGACCUGAUGAAUAUGAGAAGAUUGCUUUUAUGUAUGGCAUCACUGACUUGCGUGGUCUGCUGAAGAGAUUGAAAAAGAUCCCAAGAGAGGAGAAGAAAUGUGAAGCUUUUGCAAAGAAGCUUGAACCAACUUACCAGGUAGAUAAAGGUGGAAAGAUCCGGUUGGUGGUGGACCUGGCUGAUCCCACUGUUGAUCUGAAGUGGUACAAGAAUGGUCAAGAAAUUAGGCCUACACCCAAUCAAAGAAAGUACAUCUUUGAGCAUAAGGGCACACAAAGGAUUAUGGUCAUCAACAACUGCACCAUGAAUGACGAUGCGGCUUACUGUGUAGCUGCAGGAGAUGAGAAGUGUACAACCGAGCUCUUUGUCAAAGAGCUGCCAAUUAAGAUUGUCAAGGGUAUUGAACCUGUCAAGACUACGGUGAAUGAGAGAAUCGAGCUGGAGUGUGAGGUGUCAGAGGAAGGUGCUCAAGUCAAAUGGAUGAAGAACGGUGUUGAGGUUCCAACAGGGGUACGCUCCAGAUACCGAGUCAAGUCUGAGGGCACCAAACAUUAUUUAGUUAUUGAUGAUGCCUCCAGGGAGGACACUGGGACAUACUCUGUCAUGGCCAGCGGUGGCACCUCUGAGGCUCAUAUACAAGUUGACUUAAAGCCACUGAAGAUCUACCAGGACUUACAGGAUAUGACAGUCUUGUUAGGUCAAUCCUUCAAAAUGAACUGUGAAAUCUUCCCAGGCAAUGUCCCAGGUCGGUGGUACAGGAAUGGACAACUGAUCCAGCCCAAUGACCGUAUGAAUAUAAUACACAGAAAUAAGAUCCACCGACUGGAGAUUGCAGCCAGCUCUCUCCAUGAUGCUGGAGACUACACUUUUGUGCCUGAAGGAUAUUCACAGAGCCUCUCUGCCAAAAUUCACAUCAUCGACCCACCAAAGGUCCACUUGGAUAGCUUAAAUUUCCCAGACAACACUGUGACCAUUGUGGCAGGAAACAAACUUCGCUUGGAAAUUCCCAUCAGUGGAGAACCAGCGCCACGAGUUGUGUGGAUGAAAGGAGAACGAGUAAUUCUUGAUUCAGGCCAUCGUGUCCGAGCCGAAACGUACGGCGAUCAGACCAGCCUUACAAUUGAAGUCACAGAGCGAGAGGACACAGGGAACUACAAGAUAGUACUGCAAAAUGAAGCUGGUGAAGCCACCGCUUGUGUUAAAAUCAAGGUUGUAGACAUUCCUGACCCUCCAGAGGCUCCAGUGGUCCCAGUGGUGGGUGGUGAUUGGUGCUCUAUGAUAUGGGAACCACCAAAAUAUGACGGAGCUUCCCCAAUAUUAGGUUACUUUAUUGAGAGAAAGAAAAAGCAGAGCUCCAGAUGGAUGAGAUUGAAUUUCGACUUGAUAAAAGAAACAUCAUUUGAUCCCAAAAAGAUGAUUGAAGGUGUGCCAUAUGAAGUCCGGAUCUUUGCUGUCAAUGCUAUUGGCGUGUCCAAGCCAAGUGAACCAUCCAAACCCUUUACGCCCCUUGCUGUGACAAGUGAGCCAACUAUGCUAGUUGUGGACGAUGUCACUGACACCUCAGUGACUGUUAAAUGGCGCCCUCCUGAGACUAUUGGUGCUGCUGGUCUAGAUGGAUACAUCGUGGAGUACUGCGUAGAAGGAACUGAUGAGUGGAUAUCAUCUAACAAAGAGGUCACAGAAAAGACCAAGCACACUAUAACCGGUCUAACCCCUGGCUCUAAAAUCCUAAUUCGUGUCAAGGCUGUCAAUGCUGCUGGAGAGAGUGCUCCAAAGACUCUACAGCACUCCGUAAUGGUCAAAGAAGUCAUUGAACCACCCAAAAUCCGUGUCCCACGACACUUGAAGCAGACGUACACUCGCAAAGUUGGAGAAACUGUCAACCUUGUAGUUCCGUUUAUGGGCAAACCCAGACCAAAAGUCACCUGGCUGAAGGACGGAAAACCCAUCGAGCCUUCCCACGUCAGCAUCCGCAACACAGAGUGUGAUAGCAUUAUCUUUAUCCGUAAAGCAGAACGCAGCCACUCUGGAAAGUAUGAGAUGAUAGUGCAGGUUGAAAACCAUAAAGACACAGCUAAUAUUGACAUACAAAUCGUAGAUCUACCUGGACCUCCACAAUGUGUGACAAUUGAAGAUGUCUGGGGAGAAAAUGUGGCUCUGUCCUGGACUCCACCAAAAGAUAGUGGCAAUGCCCCGAUAACAGGCUACACCAUACAAAAAGCAGACAAAAAGACAAUGGAAUGGUACACAUGCAUCGAUCACUACCAUCGAAACACCAUUACUGUUACAGAAUUGGUGGUUGGGAAUGAGUAUUUCUUCAGGGUGUUCUCAGAGAAUAUGUGUGGACUGAGUGAAGCUGCUACCCAAACCAAAAAGAGUGCCCUCAUCGUCAAAGAAGGCAUGCAGAUGAAAAUCCCAGAGUAUAAUGACCAUGACUUCAAGGAGGCACCAAAGUUCACACAGCCACUCAUCAACAUCUGUGCCGUUGCUGGCUACAACACCACCCUCAACUGCAGUGUCCGUGCCAACCCAAGGCCAAAAGUGAUGUGGAUGAAGAAUAAGAUCAUCAUCGUUGACGACCCUCGCUACCGCAUAUUUAGCAACCAGGGAGUAUGUACUCUGGAGAUUAGAAAGCCAAGUCCUUAUGAUGGUGGCACAUACACAUGCAAAGCCAUCAACGACUUGGGAGAAGACCAAGUGGAGUGCAAGCUGGAGGUUAAAGUCCAAACUCAAGAAUUGUGAAUGUAUGUUCUUUAAAAAAAGGGGGUUACACCUUCUUCGAACUCAUGCAGCGCGGAGUGCCCCUUAAUCUGAUCGACAAGUACAUGAAUGACGCAAAGAUUGUGGAGCCGGAGAAGUAAAAUCAGAGAGAAUGAAAUAAGACGUUUUAGCUUCAAAGACUUUUUCACUAGUGAUCUGAAGUCAGUGGACUGGAAGCAGAUGGAGGGAUGGAUGACAUAACAGAAGGAAGAGUGUGGGUGUUCUUCUUCCUCAUAAUUUUUUUUCAGCACUUGGCAUCCUUAUGUUGCGUUACUGCCACUUGUGGGUAUGUGGGUGUGGCAUGUUUUUAUUAGAGGAGCAAAACAGCCAGUUUGCUUCUUUGCCACCAUCUUGUUUUGCAAACACUGUGCCAGCACAGGUGCAUGUGGGCGGUGGGUUUUUGUUCUAGCUUUACUCAGUUUAAGAGGUUUGUACAAAACACAUACAAAGCACAACUACACAGUUACUACAGGAUUUAAAGUUGAGAUUUAAGUAUGUGGCAGCAGAAAGAAGAAAAUGGAUUUGAAGACAUAUUGGAUUAUGAACGUUUUGACACUCACACUGUUUUUCUGCUUACUCAGUGUAGGGGUUUACAAACAGCCCAUUGCAUGAU